AUGUCGCAAGGCGAUGUGGCCAAGCACGGGGGUGUCGAAGGCACAAAGCUUGCAUGUCGCAAGGCGAUCUGGCUAGGCACGGGGUGCCAAAGGCGACACAAGGCUUGCAUGUCGCAAGACGAUGUGGCUAGGCACGGGGGUGCCGAUGGCGACACAAAGCUUGCAUGUUGCAAGGUGAUGUGGCUAGCUUGGGUAGCUUGGGUGUUUGGUGAGGCUUGUGGCCCUUUUACACGGCCCUUGUCGUUCGGCAAGGAGAAGGGAGUUGGGUUGCGUGGCAUUGAGGAGCUAGGCUGGGAAUCAAGUGCUACCGUUCGAAAGGAGCAUAGGCCAAGUCUCACGGUGGUCCGAGGAUCUUCGAGUAUUGGGCACCGAGUCUGCAGCAUUGCCCUUGCCGAACGGCAAGGGUGGCUUGGGAGCCUUUUUGGAGGCAUUCUUUGCUCCUUUGAUCUAGGUCCUUGGUCUAUCAGCAAGAAUGAAGGUCGCGAAGCCCAACGCCAGCUGCAUGUUGGAUUCGUCGUCUCACUGUUUCAGUGCCUAACAGCUAAAACAAGCGAGUCUUUUCGUGAGAAGAUUUUUCAUGGGUCCUACCGUUCAGCAAGGCUGAAGGUUGUGGGGGCAUUCGGCAUCGGCAAGUCUCGGCUUUCGGCAGCAGAAAGUCUCGGCUCGUGUUGUCACGGCUCUAGCAAGGGGUCUUCUCCGGUUCAGCAAGGUCAAAAAAUGGAGGUUUCAACCAAGUGUGGCAAGCGCUGUGUAGUUGGAAAAGAACCUGCCGAACGGCAGGGGUGA